AUGUCGACCUCGUACCAAGAGGCUGCCCAAAGCACGGGCUACUACCCUCUCACCCCUGCACCGACUGCUCCACGGCCAUCACAAGCCUCACCGGAUUCACAGGGCGCCAGCACGUCCGCGGCGCAACCGCAGUCGUCGCGCCAGGUCACAGAGGAGGCCCGUAAAGACCGCUCCCUGGCCGAAUUCCUCCUUAUGCUAGAUGAUUAUGAGCCUUUGGUACCCAACGAGGUGACGGACUACUAUUUGCAGCGUGUAGGGUUCGAGUGCGAGGACGUGCGACUGAAGCGUCUGCUAUCCCUCGCCGCACAGAAGUUCGUCUCGGAUAUUGCUGCGGACGCAUACCAGCACGCUCGCAUACGGGCGAAUACCGCUGGGGGCCGGGCACGGACAACCCAAUCAGGGCCUGCGUCUGCCCGGGACAAAACCAAGACCACCUUGGCGAUGGAGGACCUCAGUGCUGCCCUUGCAGAAUAUGGUAUCACGUCGCGCAAGCCGGAGUUCUACAUGUGA